AUAUAAGCCACUGUGUGGUUUUGCUGAUAGUAGGUAAACUCAGGAUGUUGCGGUUUCUAGUGUUCGGUUUUGUUGUGGCUCUGGCCGCUGCCACCCCUUCCCUGGUGAGGUCCAGGGAAGAGAUCGAAGCCUUCAGGUCUUUCCUGGAGAACACUAAGAGCAGCGAUGGCGAACACUUCCUGGCUCGUACCAGAACCGCUCCUCUGGCUAACCCUGAGGAGAUGAGCGGUCACUACGAGGGCGACAUCAUCCUCGAUGACUUUAUCAUCGAGAGCAUGCUGCAACAAUACGCCAUGGGCCGCAACGCUUACGUCUGGCCGAACACCAAGUGGCCCGAAGAUACUGUUGUCUGGGAGUUCGGAGAGGGAGAGUUCGGUCCUCUGCAGCAGCAAGCCAUCCUUGACGGCAUCGCUGAUAUCGAGAACCGGUCCUGCGUGAAGUUCCGUUACCGUGAGCCUGAAGAUACUGUCUUCGUCCGCGUUACCGGUGGAGCCGGCGGCUGCUACGCCCACGUGGGCUACUGGGAGUCCCGCGGGGUCCACACCCUGAACCUCGCCCGCAACACCCCCGGCCUGGGCUGCUUCCGGCACACCACCAUCGUUCACGAGUGGCUGCACAUCCUCGGCUUCCUCCACAUGCAGUCCACCUACAACAGGGACGACUACGUCAAGAUUGUUGAGGAGAAUCUUAUUCCUGGAACUGAACACAACUUCGCCAUCUACAGUUCGAACCUCGUGUCCAACUUGGGCGUCGAAUACGACUAUGUGAGCUGCAUGCACUAUGGACCCUACGCUUUCUCUGCCAACGGCGAGAAGACUAUCGUCGCACUGCAGGAGCACGAAGGUGAGAUGGGUCAGCGCAUAUUCGUCAGCGAAAAGGACUGGCUCCGUCUCCAGAGACACUACGAAUGCCCUGGAGCCUGGGACGAGAAGUCUGAGUCUGAGAGCAGCGAGAGCUCUGAGAGCAAAGAAAGCUCUGAGAGCAAAGAGGACUCUACGGAAUCCGGAAACCAGGGCUCAGAAAGCGAGGAGAAAUAGAUCAUUGACAGAUUUUUGAAGCUUCACACGUAUUUAUAAAUGCUUUCGCUAAUAAAUUUAAUCUGGUCACUUAAAUAAGGUCUGGUAAAAGAAAUACGAUUAUAUACUUACCUGAAACUUAAACCGAA